GCGUUGCGUCUGCUAUUGUUCUGCUCUUUUUUUAGGCGGCUUCGUCGCGUGAAGACUGUGAAAAGCGUGUGUUUUCUAUAUCGUGUUAAAUAUUGUGAAAACUAUAAAUCGAAAUGGCUGCUGAUCAGGCACAGUUCCAAAAUCUUCUAAAUUCCUUAUUGUCUAUGGACAAUGAAGUGCGCAAACAGGCUGAGGAAACGUACAACAAUCUGUCGCGGGAGUUGAAGGUAACACACCUGUUGGGCAACGUUCACAAUGGUCAACAAUCGGAGGAGGCACGCCAAAUGGCCGCCGUCUUGUUGCGUCGUCUAUUCACAUCCGAGUUUCUGGAGUUCUAUAAAGAGCUGCCAGUUGACUCGCAGAAUCAGUUGUUGCAACAGAUUUUGAUGGCCGUGCAACAGGAUGUGACACCGCAGUUGCGUCGAAAGAUUUGCGAAGUUAUUGCCGAAGUGGCACGCAAUCUAAUCGAUGAGGAUGGCAACAAUCAAUGGCCUGAUAUCUUGCAGUUUCUGUUCCAAUGCGCCAAUUCACCAACGCCACAACUGCAGGAAUCGGCACUGCGCAUCUUUACCAGUGUGCCAUCGAUAUUUGGUAACCAGGAGACCCAGUAUAUGGAUCUGAUCAAACAGAUGCUGGCCAAAAGCAUGGACAACAUGGGUGAUGCUGAUGUGCGUGUUCAGGCAGUUCGUGCCAUUGGUGCAUUCAUUUUGUUCCACGACAAGGAGAAGGAGGCUUCGGUAUAUAAGCACUUUGGGGAUUUGCUGCCGCGCAUGCUUGUCAUUACGGGUGAAACGAUCGAAGCCCAGGAUGAUCAAAGUUUGCUUAAAUUGCUCAUUGAAAUGACUGAGAAUUGUCCCAAGUUCUUGCGUCCCCAAUUGGAAUACAUUUUCGAGAUGUGCAUGAAGGUAUUCAGCUCGCAGGACUUUGAGGAUAGCUGGCGUCAUCUGGUGCUCGAGGUGAUGGUCUCAUUGUCCGAGAAUGCCGCCGCCAUGGUCCGCAAGCGUGCCGAUAAAUAUAUUGUCGCUUUGAUUCCACUCAUUUUGCAAAUGAUGACGGAUUUGGAUGAGGACGCUGACUGGGCAACGACCGAUACCAUCAAUGAAGAUGAUCACAGCGAUAAUAAUGUGAUUGCCGAAUCGUCGCUGGAUCGUUUGGCUUGUGGACUGGGUGGUAAAAUGGUUCUUCCGCAUGUCAUGUCAAGUUUGCCAGCAAUGCUUAACCAUACGGACUGGAAGCAUCGUUUUGCCGCUCUAAUGGCCAUCUCGGCCAUUGGCGAGGGUUGUCACAAGCAAAUGGAGGUCAUCCUCGAUCAGGUCAUGUCCGGUGUACUUAACUAUCUGCGUGAUCCCAAUCCACGUGUCCGCUAUGCCGCUUGCAAUGCGAUUGGACAAAUGUCCACGGACUUUGCGCCCAACUUUGAGAAGAAGUUCCACGAACAGGUGGUGCCCGGAUUGUUGCUACUGCUGGAAGAUGAGGCAAAUCCGCGUGUGCAGGCGCACGCUGGCGCUGCCUUGGUCAAUUUCAGUGAGGAUUGCCCCAAGAAUAUUUUGACACGUUAUCUGGACGCAAUCAUGGCCAAACUGGAAGCCAUACUCAACUCCAAGUUCAAGGAACUGGUCGAAAAGGGCAACAAACUGGUCCUGGAGCAGGUGGUCACCACGAUUGCCUCGGUGGCAGAUACAUGUGAGCAUGAGUUUGUUGCAUACUAUGAUCGUCUGAUGCCUUGCCUCAAAUUCAUCAUACAAAAUGCCAACUCGGAGGAUUUGCGCAUGUUGCGCGGCAAGACCAUUGAGUGUGUGAGCCUAAUUGGGCUGGCUGUGGGUCGGGAUAAGUUCAUUGGCGAUGCUGGCGAAGUAAUGGAUAUGCUGCUGAAGACCCACACCGAGGGUGAUCUGCCCGAUGAUGAUCCGCAGACAUCGUAUUUGAUUACGGCCUGGGCACGCAUGUGCAAGAUCUUGGGCAAGCAGUUUGAGCAGUAUUUGCCAUUGGUCAUGGGUCCAGUGAUGCGCACCGCUGCCAUGAAACCGGAGGUGGCACUGCUCGACAACGAAGAGGUCGAGGAUAUUGAGGGCGAUGUCGAAUGGUCGUUCAUUACGUUGGGCGAACAACAAAACUUUGCCAUACGCACCGCUGGCAUGGAGGACAAGGCAUCCGCUUGUGAAAUGCUCGUUUGCUAUGCCCGCGAACUGAAGGAUGGCUUUGCCGAAUACGCCGAGGAGGUGGUCCGUCUAAUGGUGCCACUGCUCAAGUUUUACUUCCAUGAUGGUGUCCGUUCAGCGGCUGCUGAAUCAUUGCCCUAUUUGCUGGACUGUGCCAAGAUUAAGGGCCCACAAUAUUUGGAGGGCAUGUGGCUCUACAUUUGUCCCGAACUGAUCAAGGUGAUCAGCACCGAACCUGAACCGGAUGUACAGUCCGAGCUGUUGAAUUCAUUGGCAAAAUGCAUUGAAACCUUAGGCGCCAAUUGCCUCAACGAGGCGGCCAUGAAGCAGGUCCUCGAAAUUGUCAACAAGUUUGUGUUGGAUCAUUUUGAGCGUGCCGAUAAGCGUUUAGCUGUCCGUGGCGAGGAGGAUUACGAUGAUGGCGUUGAGGAGGAGCUGGCCGAACAGGAUGACACCGAUAUCUAUAUACUAUCCAAGGUGGUGGACAUUAUUCACGCUCUAUUUCUUACCAACAAGGCUCUAUUUUUGCCAGCCUUUGAGCAGGUGGCACCACAUUUCGUCAAACUUUUGGAUCCCAAUCGUCCAUUUGCCGAUCGCCAGUGGGGACUUUGUGUAUUCGAUGAUCUAAUCGAAUUCUGUGGUCCCGCUAGUGCACCGUAUCAGCAAAUCUUUACACCGGCACUUUUGCAGUAUGUGGUCGAUAAGUCACCAGAUGUCCGUCAGGCAGCCACCUAUGGCUGUGGAGUUUUGGGUCAGUUUGGUGGGGAACAGUUUGCCCAUACAUGCGCUCAGUUCAUUCCGCUCCUGGUGCAAGUCAUCAACGAUCCAAAGGCACGCGAGGUGGAGAAUAUAAAUGCAACGGAAAAUGCAAUUUCAGCAUUUUCCAAGAUCCUUAAAUACAACAAGUCAGCAUUGACCAACGUGGAUGAGUUGAUUGCCGCUUGGUUCACGUGGCUACCCACAUCCGAGGAUCCCGAAGAAGCCAAUCACAUCUAUGGUUAUCUCUGCGAUCUGAUUGAGGGCAAUCAUCCAGUCAUUUUGGGCGCCAAUAAUUGUAAUCUGCCUCGCAUCGUAUCAAUUAUUGCGGACACCUUCUGUAACGAGGUGCUGGAAGCAAAGACACCAACUGGAACCCGCAUGCUAACUAUUGUCAAGCAGGUUGAAUCCAAUCCCGAUGUAAUGCAGGCAUGCGCCAGCUCAUUGAGCCCCGAACAGCAGCAGGCGCUGCAGGAAGCCUAUCGGGAAUUAGCCGCAUUGACGUCAACCUAAACUGGUGGCCCCAUUUUGUCGCCUACAUUAACUAGAGCAGCUCCAGCACACACACAUAUACACACCUCUCCUACCCCCAAGAACACCCGCAACAUAAAAGGAAAUUCUAGGAUUUAUAUUCCUACUUAAUUGUAACAAAACAAAAAAUGAUACAUUGAAGAGCUAAGCUGAAAACUAACAGAUAAGCAAAAUAAGCUUUUCUCUCGUUAUUGACACAUUUUAUAUGUGCAAAUUCGCAGAAGCGUUACUAAAAAUAUAUAGUAUACAUAAUUAUAUAUAUCAAAAUAUAUAUAUAUAUACAUAUAUAUACCAUACACUUAAUUAUAUACAUCAUCUAUGUAUAUAGAAGGAAAGUGUAUUUGCUAUUAGAGAGCAUUAUUUCUAUAUAUUUAUCUAUUGUGAUUUCAAUCGAAAAAACUCGUCUCCCGCUCCCGCAAGGGAAUGUCUUUGGAAGGAAACCCAAACAAAAAAAGUCUGCGUCUCGUUAGAACUUGACAUGUUGAAUUAAAAAACUGUACAUGGAAAUAACAAAUUCCAAUAGUUUAUCAAAAGUUUUUCAUAUGUUAUAUACAUACAUUUAUAUUUAUACAUAUAUAUAUGGCCAUCUCCUUUCGCCAGCCCAUCUCUCAAAAGGAUUUGAAUGUAGUCCGAAACGAAAGAAUUGUGUUAAAUAAACAUACAACAAAAAAAUGUGUAUUUUAAAUUAAUAAAAACGAAAAUUUUU